GUGAGCGCGGUGCACGCGGCGAAGCCGGAAGCUCGGCUGCUGAACGCCGCGGGCAAAGGCGACCCCGAUGAGGUAGAGGUCCAGCUGAAGUUCGGGGGAGAGGACUUUGAGAGCUCCGAGAUCCUGCUGGCGUCGUCCUUCCGCGCCGAGGCAGUGGAGCUCUUCCCCCAUAUCGCGGGCGUCGGCGAGGCGGAGGCGGAAGUCCUGCAGUCUUUCGUGGAGGCUCAG